GCCGGGCCGCGGCCGCGGAGCGCAGCCGCCAGCAACCAAGCACCGCGCAGCCGGGACGCGAGCGCCUCCCCCGACGGCAGCCCGGACGCCGAGCACGGGUCACCUGCGCCGCCAGCCCGGGCCCCGACCGAGGUUCAGCGCACGGCCCGGGGACCCCCAGACAGGGCCAACGCCGCCGUCGACCCAGGCCUCGCGGGGAGCAGGAAGAGCCAACAUGCUGGCCCCGCGCGGAGCCGCCGUCCUCCUGCUGCACCUGGUCCUGCAGCCGUGGCUGGCGGCCGGCGCCCAGGCCACCCCCCAGGUCUUUGACCUUCUCCCAUCUUCCAGUCAGAGGCUGAACCCAGGCGCUCUGCUGCCAGUCCUGACAGAUCCCGCCCUGAAUGAUCUCUAUGUGAUUUCCACCUUCAAGCUGCAGACUAAAAGUUCAGCCACCAUCUUCGGUCUUUACUCUUCAACUGACAACAGUAAAUAUUUUGAAUUUACUGUGAUGGGACGCUUAAACAAAGCCAUCCUCCGUUACCUGAAGAACGACGGGAAGGUCCAUUUGGUGGUUUUCAACAACCUGCAGCUGGCAGACGGAAGGCGGCACAGGCUCCUCCUGAGGCUGAGCAAUUUGCAGCGAGGGGCCGGCUCCCUAGAGCUCUACCUGGACUGCAUCCAGGUGGAUUCCAUUCACAAUCUCCCCAGGGCCUUUGCCGGCCCCUCCCAGAAUCCUGAGACCAUUGAAUUGAGGACUUUCCAGAGGAAGCCACAGGACUUCUUGGAAGAGCUGAAGCUGGUGGUGAGAGGCUCACUGUUCCAGGUGGCCAGCCUGCAAGACUGCUUCCUGCAGCAGAGCGAGCCGCUGGCUGCCACAGGCACAGGGGACUUUAACCGGCAGUUCUUGGGUCAAAUGACACAAUUAAACCAACUCCUGGGAGAGGUGAAGGACCUUCUGCGACAGCAGGUUAAGGAAACAUCAUUUUUGCGAAACACCAUAGCUGAAUGCCAGGCUUGCGGUCCUCUCAAGUUUCAGUCCCCAACCCCAAGCACCGUGGUACCCCCAGCACCCCCUGCACCGCCAACACGCCCACCUCGUCGGUGUGACUCCAACCCAUGUUUCCGAGGUGUCCAAUGUACCGACAGCAGAGAUGGCUUCCAGUGUGGGCCCUGCCCCGAGGGCUACACAGGAAACGGGAUCACCUGUAUUGAUGUGGAUGAGUGUGCAAAAUACCAUCCCUGCUACCCAGGCGUGCGCCCUGCCGUGAAUUUGUCUCCUGGCUUCAGAUGUGACGCCUGCCCAGUGGGCUUCACAGGGCCAUGGUGCAGGGUGGUUGGGAUCAGUUUUGUCUGCACUGACAUUGAUGAGUGUCGAAAUGGAGCAUGCGUUUCCAACUCGAUCUGCAUUAAUACUUUGGGAUCUUACCGCUGUGGGCCUUGCAAGCCAGGGUAUACUGGUGAUCAGAUAAGAGGAUGCAAAAUGGAAAGAAACUGCAGAAACCCAGAGCUGAACCCUUGCAGUGUGAAUGCCCAGUGCAUUGAAGAGAGGCAGGGGGAUGUGACAUGUGUGUGUGGAGUCGGUUGGGCUGGUGAUGGCUAUGUCUGUGGAAAGGAUGUGGACAUCGACAGUUACCCUGAUGAAGAACUGCCAUGCUCUGCCAGGAACUGUAAGAAGGACAACUGCAAGUAUGUGCCAAAUUCUGGCCAAGAAGAUGCAGACAGAGAUGGCAUCGGCGACGCUUGUGACGAGGAUGCUGACGGAGACGGGAUCCUGAAUGAGCAGGAUAACUGUGUCCUGAUUCACAAUGUGGACCAAAGGAACAGCGAUAAAGAUAUCUUUGGAGAUGCCUGUGAUAACUGCCUGAGUGUCUUAAAUAAUGACCAGAAAGACACAGAUGGGGAUGGAAGAGGAGAUGCCUGUGAUGAUGACAUGGAUGGAGAUGGAAUAAAAAACAUUCUGGACAACUGCCCAAGAUUUCCCAAUCGUGACCAACGGGACAAGGAUGGUGAUGGUGUGGGGGAUGCCUGUGACAGUUGUCCUGAUAUCAGCAACCCUAACCAGUCUGAUGUGGAUAAUGAUCUGGUUGGGGACUCCUGUGACACCAAUCAGGACAGUGAUGGAGAUGGGCACCAGGACAGCACAGACAACUGCCCCACCGUCAUUAACAGUGCCCAGCUGGACACCGAUAAGGAUGGAAUUGGUGAUGAGUGUGAUGAUGAUGAUGACAAUGAUGGUAUCCCAGACCUGGUGCCCCCUGGACCAGACAACUGCCGGCUGGUCCCCAACCCAGCCCAGGAGGAUAGCAACAGCGACGGAGUGGGAGACAUCUGUGAGUCUGACUUUGACCAGGACCAGGUCAUCGAUCGGAUCGAUGUCUGCCCAGAGAACGCAGAGGUCACCCUGACCGACUUCAGGGCUUACCAGACCGUGGUCCUGGAUCCUGAAGGGGAUGCCCAGAUCGAUCCCAACUGGGUGGUCCUGAACCAGGGCAUGGAGAUUGUGCAGACCAUGAACAGUGAUCCUGGCCUGGCAGUGGGGUACACGGCUUUUAAUGGAGUUGACUUUGAAGGGACCUUCCAUGUAAAUACCCAGACAGAUGAUGACUAUGCGGGCUUUAUCUUUGGCUACCAAGAUAGCUCCAGCUUCUACGUGGUCAUGUGGAAGCAGACGGAGCAGACAUAUUGGCAAGCCACCCCGUUCCGAGCGGUUGCAGAACCUGGCAUUCAGCUCAAGGCUGUGAAGUCUAAGACAGGUCCAGGGGAGCAUCUCCGGAACUCCCUGUGGCACACGGGGGACACCAGUGACCAGGUCAGGCUGCUGUGGAAGGACUCCAGGAACGUGGGCUGGAAGGACAAGGUGUCCUACCGCUGGUUCCUCCAGCACAGGCCCCAGGUGGGCUACAUCAGGGUACGAUUUUAUGAAGGCUCCGAGUUGGUGGCUGACUCUGGAGUCACCAUAGACACCACAAUGCGUGGAGGCCGACUUGGCGUUUUCUGCUUCUCUCAAGAAAACAUCAUCUGGUCCAACCUCAAGUAUCGCUGCAAUGACACCAUCCCUGAGGACUUCCAAGAGUUUCAAACCCAGAAUUUCGACCGCUUGGAUAAUUGAACCAAGAGAGCAAUCCGUAACUGCUUUUCGGAACACUAAAACCAUAUAUUUUUUAACUUCCUUUAAUUUUCUUUAUAUACACUGUGGCUUUCUUUUUACCAACCCAAAUAAAUCAAAAUGUUUUAUAUGAAUGUGGCAAUAAAGGAGAUCAUUUUUAAAAA